GUUCAACGAAACUUUAUGCCAUACCACCAGGAGUCAUCACGUUUAAACGGACUUCAAUCGGAGUAGAGAAAAAUUAUAUUCGAUAUCAGGGUGGAUAUUGUGUACGCUUAUUACUCUAUGUUCGAAGUUAACGCCGAGCCAUGUAGACAUUUGAUCGCAGUCUCAAUGGCAAUCAUACCACUCGUGACGCUUUUACUUUUCAAGUUCGGAGGUGCUCUCGGGUUGAUGGUGGUAACGAAUACCCCAAGUAAUUCACGACCACGCCUCGGCGAAACGAUAACGCUCAACUGUACUGUGUCGGGUGGAGCCGGCAGUGUUCUCGGGUGGUACAUGUUCGCACAUGAUACGGAAGAAACAAUAUAUUUGUCGAACGAUUGUUCCGUUGUUGCAAAGGAGUAUAAAUCAAGAUUAACAAACACUAAAUGUGAUUCGAGUGAUGAUAACUAUAAUCACAUUUUUCAAUUAAGUAAUGUUCAAAUUUCGGACCGAGGGUUGUGGUACUGUCAAGCCGUUGUCAAUAUCAACUGGGCUCGAUCACGUAAGCUUGAAUUGACUGUUUUAGUUCCACCCCUCACCCCGACAGUCACAAAUCCAUCGCCUGUCAAAGUUGGAAAAACUGCAAAGUUCACCUGCAAUGCCGAAAAUGAAAACGUCACGAAACCAGUCACGUACACGUGGACUAAAAAUGGCGACACUGUGUCACCAGGGACCAUUGAACGUGGUGCCCUGCUUUUCUCGCCCGUCAAGAAGAGUGAUGCCGGGAAAUAUGUCUGUGUCGCAAAAAAUGAUGCUGGAUCUAUGACAAGCAUUGAACAGGAUUUCAGCGUUGUAUCCUAUUCUCCUGGGAUAGACCCAGAUGUGAAAAUGAAGUAUGACGUGGUAGGCGAGAUUGGCAAGGAGGCAUCAUUCGAACUGUUCAUCAUCGCUGACCCGACUCCGGACACAACCGGUUACAUCUGGUCCAAAGAUGACGACAUACUGUUGAACUCAUCGCGAAAAUAUGAAAUUAUUUCUGGGCCCAGGUCGAGCAAGUUGAUAAUCAGAAACGUCAAAUCCUCUGAUUAUGGGAGCUACAUGUGUUCUGUGAAAACGAGUGGAUUUCAAGUGAAGGUCUUCAAGUUUAGGCUUAUCAAAGCAGGUGUUGUUGAUGUUAGCGGUCUGGUUGGAGUCGGAGUCAGAGCUGCAGUCAUUGUAGCUAUAGCCAGCGUCGGUGUGGCAAUUGUUCUAUGGAAACGUGCACUGGUACGUCGGAGAAAGAGGCAGAGUAGACAACCCGCAAAUGACACUGCAGAUUACGAUGAUACGAGGGUUGUAUUCACAACCCCCGGAAAUAUUUCUGUAAAUGACGAUAUGGGGAGUGAUGAGUACGAAAGUUAUGCUUCUCAGCCCGAAAGCGCGGCCGGCCAAAACCCCGCAGAGCCCAGGAUUACGGGGCACCACGUUCAAGAACACGGAGUCCUUGGGGAUGCGCCUGCGUCCUCAGAUAAGGACGAGGCUGCUUACGACUAUCUGCAAAAUUACACCGUGAAGCUACAUGAAUGUGUUUUAGGUCAGAAAACGAUUCCUGCUCCCAAGGUGAAUCGGGCAGAUCCGGAGUAUACUGUCCCUUACGAACACAUGCAAAGGAGGCCAGAGUCAAAAUACACAUACAACGACUCACCAAUCCUCUCACAGGGACAGCCAGACCGAAGCGAGGCCAAGUGUGAUUCGAGACAAGUCGAUGGAGCCGAAUAUUUGACUCCAACUCGCUCGAGUGACAAUGCGUCUCACGUUAAGGAGUCACCAUAUGCACAUCUAGAGCCAAUGGAAACGAUACAGUAUUUGGAUUUCACACAGCUGAGUCCGGAACAAUUGAUCGAGGUCGAUUUAUAA